AUGGUCGAAGUCGGCAAUGCAUUUCUGUGUCAGAUGCUGGAGGCUAUCCCUGAGGCUGUCGUGCACUAUGAGGAUUUUGCAAAGUUCACAAGUGGAUUGCGAGUGCAGCGUCCUGCUGAUGUCGUGGCAUGGGGGGUCAUAGUUGAGGAAUGGGAGGCAGACAUAUUGAAGCCUAACCCAUACGCGUUGCCCAAGAGCAAGAUCACACUCGCCAACGUUUAUUUGAAAUUGGCCAAAGAAGAGCAGGCUAGGAUUCAGGAAGGCCAAGAUGCACAAUCGGACAUUAGUCUGAGCUCAUUUUUGCUGUUAGGUAUGGAGCUCGAGGAGCAGCAAUGCAGCCUUCAUCGCCUCGUGCGUGGUGAACUGACCACACUUCAGGAUGCUAUGCUGCAAGAGCAGCAUGCAGCUCUUCUCAAGAAGAUCUUAUAG